AUGGAGAUGGAGCAAGAGCCAAACAAGAGCAUGGAUGUUGAGUUUCUAAUCCUGGGAUUCAGCAGCAAUGGAACUCUGCAGAUAGUAUUUUUUGCCUUGUUCCUUAUCAUGCACCUCAUCACCCUCUCAGGACACCUGAUCAUUGUGACCAUAACUUUGACUGAUCCUGGCCUCAACACCCCUAUGUACUUCUUCCUGCGCAACUUGUCUUUCAUUGAAAUCUGCUACACGUUGGUCAUUGUGCCAAGAAUGUUGGCCAGCUUCUUGGCUAAGAGCACAAGGGUCACCUUGACUGUGUGUGCGGUGCAGAUGUACUUCUUCAUUGCCUUUGGAGGCGCUGAGUGCUUCCUCUUGGUUGUGAUGGCCUACGACAGGUACGUGGCCAUAUGCAACCCACUGCGCUACACUCUCAUCAUGAGCAGGAAUCUCUGCAAACACCUCUUGGUGGUAGCCUGUUCUAGUGGAUUCAGCAUCUCACUGGGGCUGACUCUGCUGAUUUUCAGGCUUCCCUUCUGUGGCUCCCACCACAUCAACCACUUCUUCUGUGAUAUCCCACCUAUAUUGUUUUUGGCAUGUAGCGACACACAUGCCAACGAGAUGGUUGUGUUCCUUGUCUGCACGAUGAUCUUGCUCAUUCCUUUCCUCCUCAUUCUGAUUUCCUAUGCUUUCAUUGCCCAUUCGAUUGUCAGGAUCAAAUCCUCGGAAGAGCGCAAAAAAGCCUUCUCCACCUGUGUCGCUCACUUGGUUGUGGCCCUCCUACACUAUGGGUGUGCGAUCUUCAUCUACAUCCGUCCAAAGGCCAGCUACUCCCUGGACAAAGACAAAGUGGUCUCUUUGAUUUACACCAAUGUCACCCCAAUGCUGUAUCCUAUCAUUUAUAGCCUCAGAAACAAGGAAGUGAAGGGAGCACUGAAGAGGGUGUGGAAAAGGAAAUUUAUUUCUAUGUCAGGAUAG